CUGUGAGCAGGGGGUCCGGGCAGCUCGGCCCUGGGGGCGUGUCCGCAGAGGCCGCCUCAGAGCUCCCGAUCCGGUGCAGGAGGCGGCGGCCAGCAUGGAGAACGAGUUGGAGGCUCUGGCCCCGCGGCCCGCGAGCCCGGCGGAGCCGCCCUUCCAGGCGCUGGUGGAGGCGGCGGGUGGCCGAGGGCAGGUGCUGCUGGUAGGCGAGCUGUGGGACCGCGAGCAGAGCCGGACGCUGCUGCGGGACUUUGCCAGCACCGUAUUCCCUCCCGAGCCCGCGCCGGGCAAGUCGAGCUAUGCAGAGGCCGAAAACAAGGGCACUGCGGCGGCCACCGCGCCGCACCGGGCUCCAGGAGCGAAGGCGACGCGCGCCAUCCGCUCGCAGCUCGUCUUCGUGCUGUGCCGCGCCACGUCGCUGGCCGCCCGGGAGCCGCGGCGCCGCUUGCGAGAGAUGCUGCGGGACGUGCGCGGCCGGAGGCGGGAGGGCGCUGCGCUGGUAGGGGUCCUGGUGACCGACUCGGGUGCGGAGGACGCGGCGACGCCGGGACUGCAGCUGCUGGAGACGCUGCUGCGCACGGUGUUCGGCCGCCAGGUCGGGGGCCCGGUGCAGACUGCCGCCUUCCAUCCCGGUUGCCCGGCCUCCAGCCUGGCUGUCCAGGAGGCCGCCUGCAGGGCCCUGCAAGCUGCGGGGCCGGGACGACCAGCAGAAGGUGCCUGGGAGAGACCGGGGCUACUGACUUGCUUUUCCUGGGGUCCCCGGAGCCAGAAGAAGAACCGUGAUGUCACCUUCUCCCAAGGCCCAGCUCAAGAACACCUCCAGGUCUCAGAGGAGAAGCUUGCGCUGACAGCCAUAUUUCCCAAUGGAGACUGUGAAGAGCGUGGACAUGGAUCUAGAGCCCAGGAUGGAGCUGUCCACACGCCACCUGAGCCCUCGGAGGGCACAAGAUGAACGCUGGACCCCUGGACUGACCCUCACCUGAACACGGGAGGGUCACAGUGUUGACCUCAGCAGAAGCUGACUGACUGUAAAGACCCCACUUGCUUCGGGGAUGCCACCCUCACUUUUGCCAGCAAAGCAACAAGACCUAUGGGACCUGCUCCA